AUGAGACGCUAUCGCGACAACAAUCAUGAAGAGGAAAAGCUUACUAUUAUGAUUGGCUUUAUGAGCCAACGUUUGUCAUCAUUAGAAAGCGCUCUUGAUCCGAUACUGAAUGAUAUUCCGCGCUUGGGCAAUUACAUGAAUGUGGCUAAAAAGAAUUGCGUUUUUCCAUCGAAACAUCAUCUAACACAUGACGAGGCGGCGGCUGUUUUUCUUUAUACGAUGGAAUGGGGAAAAAAAAGUGUCUAUAAAAUGCUAAAUAACGCUCUACGUACAGAAGAUGUAAAGAUCAUAAAACCAUGGUGGCCAUAUCUGAAGCUUUUCACUAAUGCACUUCUGAAAUUACCCGUAUACAAUGGAAAUGUCUGGCGUGGUGAAGGCCGUACUAUUACGAACACUUUUCAGGAAGGUCAAGCAUGUGUUUGGUGGACGAUGACCUCCUGUUCAAUGACCCUUGAUGUGAUGAACGACUUUAUUGGAGAUAAAGGAACCCUUUUCUUGAUUGACGCUAAGAAUGCAAGAAGCAUUAUUGGAUAUUCAUACCAUCCACAAGAAGAAGAAGUUAUAUUGCUUCCGGGAACUACUGUACACGUGUUGAACAAUCCAUUUCAGGAUGGCAGUGGUACGCAUAUGGUAUCUCUCAAAGUAUUCGACGAAGAUAAACUGUCAGAAGAUUAUGACAAUAUGAAAUUAAAAUCAAAUUCAUCAAAUUCUAACAAAGGUAAGUGUCAUAUUUACUGA